AGUUACCACCUUUGUGCGUUGUAAAUCAAAAAAGCGAUGGCCGAGGACUACUGUUCACGCAUUUAAGACACAUCUGGAACAAUCUCUCACGGUAUAAUCCCUAGCCAACGGUAUAUCCCCUAGCCAAUGGUGUAGCUUCGUCAAAGAUUCAAGAACUUGAUAUCUUGACAAGUAAGCUGCCUCGUUUCUUCCUGUUCUUACGCUCUCUCCUUUUCGUUAUGUUGACGGUCUUGCAGGUUUUGACUGUUAUCCUCGUUCAUUUCGCAGCCGCCGAGGUUGUACCGUUCUUGGAACCGGGUUUCUUUUUCGAUUAUAACAAGGCGGAUGACCCGGUCCCGAUCCUCCUUACUCAGCAAUGUGAAGUCAUCCACCUCAAAUGGGAUCGAUCUCAAGCUAUUGGACAAAAUCCCGUCGCUCCAUAUUCCCUCUUGGUGUACACUUCAACAAGCGAAACGGCAAGCGUCAUCGACGCUGGUAGCGGGCUGAGCUUUGAUUGGGCGGUACCUUUCCCCCCUGGAGCUCAGUACCAAAUAUGUAUGUUUGAUGUCAACGGAGUUUCGGGAGGAUGUCAAGACAUGUACACUAUGAUACCGAACUCCAACGGUACGAACGUUAGCUGUCCGAAUGUCACCUCUGCGGUUCUGUCUGCAAAUGGGACAGUGUCCCAGCCUAGCGGUCCUAUGUCUCGGUUUGGUUUUAUCAAUCAGUGCACCGAUGUAUCUGUAACACCCAACGAAGGAACGUCUCCAUUCACACUCACGAUUGCACCCGCACUCCAUCCUCCGUUCAACUUAACCUCGAAUACUAUGGAUCCAAUCACUUGGACGGUUUCUCUUCCCCGUGCAAUGCCAUUCUAUAUGUCAAUGGUAAGCUCUGAAGGAAAGCUCUGGGCGAAUGGACCUUUGCAUGUUGGUGCCUUUGGUCCGACAGAUUGUCUAGCUCCAGGAACUGUGAGCACCAAUCAUGCAAAAUCUGUCGCAGCACGUGCAGGGGUUGGAGGUCUUUUCGGCGGUGUAGCUCUCGCGGCUGGAAUUCUCAUCGCCCUAUCCAUCUGGCGCCGUCGACGUCAACGAAUGCAACUGAUAGAGAUAACAAAAGAUUUUUCUCCUUUCAAUGAUCAUAGAUCGUCGAUCGUUGUUAUCGGACAACCCCAAGGCCUUGGAAUGUCUCGCGAAGAGCGCGAACUUGAUGGUGUUUUGAUUCUGCCGACUCUUUCUGAACUAUCCCCUGCGUAUGCAUCGUCGGGUAUACACCCGUCUCGUGUGUUCGACGGGACUAGUUCGGCCUGGAAUCAGGAGGUUGACUCAGAAAGGGGUUUACCGCCGUCGUAUUCAUACCACGGACGUCAAGGUUCUCGCGAACGUCCUCGCAUCAUGCCUGGAGGAAAGACGGGACGUUAGUAUGUGUAUGAUCUGGUUCGAUGUAAAACGAGAAGCAGAACAGGACUUGUAGCUAUUUGCGUUGAGCAGGUUCAGAACAAUUUUCGAUCACUGUUCCUAUCUGUAACCCAUUUCCCCAGGCUCGUACUGUUACAGAUCAAUCUGUGUGUGUGUAAGGUGCUUACACGUCGUGAUCUUCAGAACUCUUUCAGUCGUGUCUCCGGGGUCUGUUGGCUUUGAUUUCAUCAUCCCGGGGAACUCAUCUACCAAAGAACUUACGAUCCACAAGGUGCUAGCUACGAUCAACUACAGUGAUAUCAGGUAUGAUUUCCGGUAGUCAUUGGUAAGUCAUUGGGCAGGCAUCAUCCUGAUAUUUGAAAACUAUCACCGAGAACAAUAGUAAGAAGCGAUAUGCAUGGAGAAACCUUCCGGAUCCGGUCCGGGAAGGGCCGGGCAAAGACAAGCACCCCCGAGUUCGAGAGCUUAAGCUUGUA